AAAACUAGAAGUCUGCAAAAACACAACCGCAAGCUCCAGUUGGAAGAGUGAAAAACAGUGAGCUUUGAUAACAUGUAAAUCAAUGAAACUUCAUUGAAUUACAUUGGGUUUUGCAUAAUCUGAAUGAGAAUGAAAUUGUUUAAGAAUUAAAUUAUUGUUGUUAGAAGAAAGAUUGAAGAGAAUGAUGAGGAUACUGACGCUUAUGAAGAGGAUUGGGCAAACAUUACCAUUUUCAGGACGGCAAAACCACAUAAUUACAAGAAAAUUAAGUACCCAGAUUCUAAAAUCUCCUCAGUCUCUGGUUUCUCUUGACCUCCCCGAAAUUUGGGCUCCUGGUAUCAAUGGUGCUGAUUCUUACACUCUUCCUUCAUCCAACGCCCUUAGUGAGCAGGAUGCUGCUGUAAUAGAUGGGAAGUCAAUUUCAGAGGAAAUUAGAUCGAACAUAGAUGUUGAAGUAAGGAGGAUGAAAAAUGGCAUUGGAAAGGUUCCUGGCUUGGUGGUUAUUUUAGUGGGUGAGAGAAGCGACUCACAAACAUAUGUUCGUAACAAGAUAAAUGCCUGUGAAGAAGCUGGCAUUAGGUCUCUUGUUGCUGAACUUCCCGAAGAUUGCACUGAAAAUGCAGUCAUGGAUGCUGUGUCGAGUUUUAAUGAGGACCCAUCUAUUCACGGUAUUCUUGUGCAGCUUCCCUUACCACAACAUUUGGAUGAAAGCAAGAUUUUGAACAUGGUGAGGUUGGAAAAAGAUGUAGACGGCUUCCAUCCAUUAAAUAUGGGGAAUCUUGCCUUGAGAGGAAGGGAACCGUUGUUUAUCUCAUGCACUCCUAAGGGUUGCGUCGAAUUAUUGAUCAGGUUCGGUGUGGAAAUCAAGGGGAAGCAUGCUGUGGUUAUUGGGAGAAGCAAUAUUGUUGGUUUGCCCACUUCCUUGUUGUUGCAGAGGCACCAUGCAACUGUUAGCAUUGUAAAUGCUUUCACAAAUAAUCCGAAGGCAGUAACUAGUGAAGCCGACAUUGUGGUCACAGCUGCUGGAGUGCCCAAUUUGGUCCACGGUGACUGGUUAAAGCCUGGUGCAGUUGUUAUUGAUGUGGGAACUUGCCCAGUUGAGGAUCCCAGCAGUGAGUACGGUUAUCGUCUUGUGGGAGAUGUUUGCUAUGAAGAAGCAGUGAAGGUGGCGUCGGCUAUUACACCUGUGCCAGGAGGUGUUGGACCCAUGACAAUUGCCAUGUUGCUAUGUAACACUCUUGAUUCUGCCAAGAGAACAUAUAAUUUUGUGUGAUCAAACAAUACAUACAUGCUACAAUUGCAUAACAUUUUUUACAGUCGGAUAGCUCCACAAGCUUAUUCUGAA